CUGGGAGAAGCGCUCCGUUCUUCAGAGGGCUCGCGCACACCGGAGGAGCAGCAGCAGCAGCACGCAGCAGCAGCCGCAGCGGCACGGCGAGAAGAAAGUGAUUUAAAAAGCACCCGAGUGCGGCCUCCCGUCCGCUGUCGCCCGUCGCCUCUGACACGUAGAGACGCUCGAGCCGGGCGAUACGCAACUUCUGUCGGCGGCGGUAAUAUUAAGAAGAGAAGCAGCGCACUAUGGAGGACCAGCUGCUGUGCUGCGAGGUGGACUCCAUCAGGAGAGCCUAUCAGGACGUCAAUCUGCUCAACGACCGCGUCCUGCGCACCAUGCUGAAGGCGGAGGAGAACUACCUGCCGUCCCCGAACUACUUUAAGUGCGUCCAGAAAGAAAUUGUGCCCAAAAUGAGGAAAAUAGUUGCCACCUGGAUGUUAGAGGUCUGCGAGGAACAGAAAUGCGAGGAGGAGGUUUUUCCGCUGGCUAUGAACUAUUUGGACAGAUUUUUAUCAGUGGAGGCCACGAGGAAAACGCGACUACAGCUGUUGGGAGCUACAUGCAUGUUUCUAGCAUCCAAGAUGAAGGAGACUGUUCCCCUAACGGCGGAGAAGCUCUGUAUCUACACGGACAACUCGGUCCAGCCCGGAGAACUGCUGCAAAUGGAGCUGCUGGUUCUCAACAAGCUGAAGUGGGACCUGGCCUCAGUCACGUCUCACGACUUCAUUGAGCACUUCCUCUCCAAACUGAAGAUCCAUCCGUCCACCAAGCAGAUCCUCAGAAAGCAUGCCCAGACUUUCGUGGCCCUCUGUGCCACAGAUGUUAACUUCAUUGCCAGUCCUCCGUCCAUGGUGGCAGCCGGCAGCGUGGUGGCGGCUGUUCAAGGUCUUUACCUGAAGAGCCAAGACCCCUCCUUGUCCUCUGAGAACCUGACCAACUUCCUGUCACAAGUCAUACGCAGCGACCCGGACUGCCUGCGGUCGUGUCAGGAGCAGAUAGAGUCCCUGCUGGAGUCCAGCCUGCGGCAAGCUCAGCAGCACAGCGGCACAACAGAAACCAAACGCGUGGACGAGGACGUGGACCUGUCCUGCACCCCGACAGACGUCAGAGAUAUCAACAUCUGAACUCACAGACAGCGUGUUCGCGCCGAGUGAUAGGGAAAAAAGUUGCAGACAGAAGGUGGCAGCCGCUGCGCCGCCUUCUGUCAUGUCUGAUGUGCCACUACAGCUCGCCGUCUGCUUAUGACUGCCAUAACGGGGCCGAGCGCCCCCCUGGCCCGGCCCGCAACAGUCCCCAGAGUCACAUUUCCUGACAGUGAUGAACAUCAGAGAAAUGUACCAGCAAGAAAAGACAAUGAAUGUCGAUGAUGCGCGUGGGCUGGAGCUGAAGUAGAUUUGUUUUCAUAUUCCCUUAAAUAUUAAACUAGGAAUCUUUAAAUUACUGCAGACUCAACCUGCCUGCUUAAACAUCCCAAAGUAUCAUGUGCAGUAGGUCCUUGUAGUCUGUCUUCAGGUCUUCAUCUGGACAUUUUUAGAGGAGGAGGAGGAAAAGAGUUUUUUUUUCUGUUCAAUCUAGAAUGUUUAGACCUCCUGUCCAAUCUCCCAUGUUUGUCUUGUUGCAGUGCAGACAUUCAUUCUAUAUCCCUGCUUGCUUAUGUUUAGUCACUUUAUAUAAUUUUAGACUUUGUCAUCAAUUAGU